GCGUGCCGAAGCCUCUUCCGCUUCUAUACGUCAACGUGAAAGCACCACAAUGAAGCAAAUUGUUUCAAACCAGACAGUAAAAGUCCCUGAGGACAUUCAAGUCUCUGCAAGAUGCAGGGUUGUUACUGUCAAAGGACCCAGGGGAGUCUUGAGGCGUGACUUCAAACAUCUUUCAAUUGAUGUUCGUAUGGUUAGCCCUAGGUUGUUGAAAGUAGAGAAAUGGUUCGGCAAAAAGAAGGAACUUGCUGCUGUCCGUACUGUCUGCUCACAUGUUGAAAACAUGAUCAAAGGUGUAACCAAGGGAUUCCAAUACAAAAUGCGUGCAGUAUAUGCCCAUUUCCCCAUCAACUGCGUCACCACCCAAAAUAACAGCGUUGUUGAAAUCCGUAAUUUCUUGGGAGAGAAAUUCAUUCGUAGGGUAGCUAUGGCUCCUGGUGUAACCAUCAUCAACUCUCCCAAACAAAAGGAUGAACUGAUCAUUGAAGGAAACUCGCUGGAGGAUGUUUCCAAAUCUGCCGCUCUCAUCCAGCAGUCUACUGCAGUCAAAAAUAAGGAUAUCCGUAAAUUCUUGGAUGGUCUCUACGUGUCCGAAAAGACCACUGUCGUGCAGGAUGAAUAAGUUUGUCAUUUAUAAAUAAAUUUCUAAUUAAGAAAUCAA